AUGCCGGAGAAGAAUGGAGAUUUAGAGGAGAAGCCAGCACCGGAAGUUAUCAGCCCAUAUCAUCCCAGUCAAUUCCCUGAUGGGGGCCGCGCCGCAUGGCUUUGCCUUCUAGGAUCCUUUUGCUGCUUGUUCUGUUCAUUCGGAUGGAUCAACUGCGUGGGCGUCUGGCAAAACUACUACCAGACUCACCAACUUCGCGAAUACUCCCCCAGCACCGUCGCCUGGAUAUCCUCGUGUGAGAUCUUCGUCAUGUUCGUUCCCGGUCCGAUCGUCGGUUUCGUCUUCGACAACUACGGUCCUAAGCCAUUACUCUUUUUCGGGACUUUCUUCCAUGUUUUCGGAAUCAUGAUGACAAGCCUUUGCACAGAGUACUGGCAUUUCAUCUUAGCUCAGGGAAUCUGUUCUCCUUUAGGACUCAACUGUAUCUUCAAUGCUGGAACUAAUACCAUCACCACUUGGUUCUUCAAAAAGAGGGGUGCAGCGUUCGGCAUGAUGGCUGCUGGGUCGGGAUUGGGUGGCAUCAUCUUCCCAAUUAUGGUUUCUCAUCUGAUUCCAAAAGUGGGUUUUGGCUGGGCCAUGAGAAUCUGCGCUUUCUUGAUCCUUGGUCUGCUCAUUAUCGCCAUUCUAACUGUCACGUCCCGUCUUCCACCAAGACCUCGAGCGUUCGAACUGAGAGUUUUCGCGGAACCCUUCAAAGACCUCCGUUUCAAUCUAAUUGCGGUCUCAUCUUUCUUCUUCUUCCUUGGACUGUUCAUUCCCAUCAACUUCAUCGAAGUGCAAGCUAUGGCAAAUGGAAUGUCGUCCUAUCUGGCUAGCUACCUCCUAGCCGUGCUCAACGCUGGAAGUAUCUUUGGUCGAAUCAUUCCAGGUAUACUUGCAGACAAAUUCGGCCGCUUCAACAUGCAACUCAUCAUGGCCUUCUUUGCUUCUAUUAUCGUUCUGGGCCUUGCCCUUCCCGCUUCGUCCAACCCCGCGUUCAUCGUAUUCGCAGCCCUUUAUGGCUUCGCAUCUGGUGCCUACGUCUCACUCGCCCCCGCCCAAAUGGCAUACAUCUCCAAGGUAGAAGAGAUCGGCAUUCGCCUUGGCGUGAUGUUCUCCUGUGUGUCCUUCGCUGGAUUGGCUGGUUCUCCCAUCGCAGGAGCGAUCCUGGCCGCUGACAAUGGAAGCUUCACUGGCUUGAACGUUUUUGCUGGAGUAAUGAUGAUAACUGGCGCUAUUCUCUUCACUUUGACCAGAAUGUAUCUUGCAAACUGGAAGGUGAUAAUGAGAAUCUAA